CCUCACGGCCCUGCCCCGCCCGCCAUGCUGUCCCGCCUCGUCCUGCGCGCCGCCCCCGCCGCGCUGAGGGCGCUGCCGCCGCCCGUCGCCGUGGGGGUGUUGCACACCACAAGACCACUACACACAACUCAGCAGAGUUUGGCUCCUGUGCCACCUCUGCCUGAGAAGGGAGGAGAAGUUCGUCAUGGUUUGAUCCCUGAGGAGUUUUUCCAGUUUCUCUACCCUAAAACAGGAGUCACAGGGCCCUACAUGCUGGGCACUGGCCUCCUGCUCUACCUCCUUUCCAAGGAGAUCUACGUCAUUAACCACGAGACAGCAGCAGCUGCCUGCAUACUCACAGUCAUCGUUUAUGGCAUCAAGAAAUUUGGGCCUGGUGUCGCAGCUUUUGCUGACAAACUUAAUGAGGAGAAAAUAGCCUCAGCUCUGGCCAUGAAGAACGAGGCCAUCCAGACGCUGCAGACGGCCAUCGAGGAGGAGAAGAAGGAGCAGUGGAGGGCAGAAGGCAGCAGUUACCUCUUCGAUGCCAAGAGGAACAACAUCGCCAUGCUGCUGGAAACCAACUACCGGGAGCGCCUGCUGAUGGUGUACAACGAGGUGAAGAAGAGGCUGGACUACCAGGUGGCCAUGCAGAACCUGAAGCGGCAGAAAGAGCAGGACCACAUGAUCCAGUGGGUGGAGAAGAAUGUUGUUCAGAGCAUCACACCUCAGCAGCAGAAGGAAAGCAUUGCCAAGUGCAUCCUGGACCUGAAGGCGCUGUCCAAGAGCGCCCACGCAGCUGUGUGAGCAGUCUGAGCCCACUGACAUGUCCCAAUACCUCCUGUUGGAAACUGUAUGACUCUAAAAUAUCAUUAAACAGACAAAAAAACUCCUCUGCUGUCUUUCA